CAAUCACAGCUCUGAACCAUGUGCAGUCUUUGUGCUACUCUCAGUCCAGACUGAGUGCAUUUCUAUGACGCCUUAAUCCUGUUUAGAAAAGGAGCAGCUGCGGGAUAUUUACUUUCAGCAUAAUGAUUCAUCGUCGGACACUUAGAGUGGAUUCUGGCACAAGGAGCAAAGUCCUUUGUGUGGUCGGCACAGAACUUAAUGUGAAUUUGAACAGAACAGCCCCACCCGGAUCCAGAUGGUUCUCUGUGAAAUGCAGUCCCAGUGUUCAGUUCACCAUCUGCCCUCACCAUCCGGAAGUGGCUCCGCUCUCUCAUGUUCCUCUGAAUGGAAACUCUGUGCUACUUCUCCGCAUGGAACAAGCCAGCCAAUCUGAAAAUGAUAGCAAGCUGUCUGUCCAGUACUAUGGGGAGAAGAAAGAGGUGCUGGGGAAAGCAGUGCUGCACCUGACAGCUGUGGAGAUCUCUCUAGAUGUGGAUGCUGACCGAGACGGUGUUGUAGAGAACAACAACCCCAAUAAGGGGUCCUGGAAAUGGGGUCCAGAUGGACAUGGAGCCAUCCUGUUAGUCAACUGUGACUCUGAAAGUUCCUAUUAUAAGAAAGUGGACAGCAUGCAGAACUAUGUGUCCAGAGUCUCAGAUCUGAAGGACAUGUCUCUGAUGGUGCUGCGGACCAAAGGGCCUGCCUCGCUCCCUCCAGGCUACAAGCUCACAAUGCACAUAUCUCAGAGUGAUGCAGAAACCAUCAGAGUCUUCUCAUCUCAAUCCUCAAAGCCUGGGCCCAUGUCUGCAAGCCACUUCUACAGUUACUUUGUGAAGGACUACCCCCUGGUGAUCAGCAGUGAAGUUCUGGCCCAGGAGGUGCCGUACCUCGGAGGAACUGCAGAGAUGAAAUUCUACGUGGAGGGAUGCAGGUUUCCAGACAAAGACUUUGAUGGGCUUGUCCGGAUCCAUCUCAGUGUCUUAGAGCCCAUCGCUCGGGGUUUUCCUGAGACGCCCAUUUUCACAGACACGGUUAUGUUCAGAGUAGCACCCUGGAUCAUGACGCCAAACACUCUGCAGCCUUUAGAGGUGUUUGUCUGCAGCACAUCUGACAACUACAGUUUCCUAAAAGGCAUGAAGAACCUAGUUGACAAGACUGGGCAGAAGUUGAGGGUGUGUCAUGAGUACAUGAACAGACAAGACCGUUGGAUGCAGGAUGAGCUGGAGUUUGGCUAUAUUGAGUCACCUCACCAUUGGUUUCCUGUCGUUCUGGAUUCCCCUCGAGAUAGAGGACUGAAGGAGUUUCCCUAUGAUGAGCUCCUGGGCCCUGACUUUGGCUACGUGACAAGGAUCCCUAAAGAUGAGAAAGUGACUGGCCUGGACUCAUUUGGUAAUCUGGAGGUCAGCCCUCCCGUCACUGUGAAUGGAAAACACUAUCCACUAGGCAGAAUCAUCAUUGGAGUGGCCUUCCCUACGGCAUCUAAAGGACGGAACAUGACCAAAGUAAUUCAAGACUUCUUAUGGGCACAGAAGGUUCAGGAGCCCAUUGCUUUGUUUUCUGACUGGCUUGCUGUUGGCCAUGUGGACGAGUUCAUGACUUUUGUUCCUGCACCUGACAGAAAGGGUUUCCGGCUGUUGCUGGCCAGCCCAGAUGCGGGCUACAAAAUAUUCAAAAACUUACAGAACAACGGCCAUGGAAAAGCUAAACUCUUUGAGGGUCUGAAGGGAGAAGAACAGAUUACAGUGGAUGAGAUACUUAGUGAUGAAUAUCUCCAAGCCGAAAAUAACUAUGCACAGAGCUGCAUUGAUUGGAACAGGGAUGUACUGAAAAGGGAGUUGGAUCUGGAGGAUGAGGACAUCAUUGAUUUGCCGAUCCUCUUCAAGCUGGAGAAUACCAGAGCACUGGCCUACUACCCUGACAUGGUGAACAUGAUAGUACUGGGAAAACACCUCGGCAUCCCGAAGCCUUUUGGACCCAGGGUGAACGGACGCUGUGCCCUGGAGUCUGAGGUGUCCUUUCUGAUGGGGAAACUGGGCCUCAGCUGCACUUUCAUUGAUGACUUUGCGUCUUACCAUAAAAAUCUAGGAGAGGUGCACUGUGGCUCCAACGUCCACAGGAAGCACUUUGACUUCAAGUGGUGGGAGAUGGAGUUGUGAA